GCUGCGCAGCCGGAGCGACUGAGCGGUGCCAGGCCAGGUGUGCGCGUCCGUCGGUCCCUCCGCGCCCGCGCCGAAGACCUGCCCGGAGGACGCCCGGGCCCGUCCCUGCGCCCGGCACCAUGAAGCAGGCAUCCGCAGCCCAGGACCCCUCGCCCGCCUCGCCGCCUGCGCAGCCCCCGCGGGGCGAUGGCGACCCCCAGGCGCUGUGGAUCUUCGGGUACGGCUCCCUGGUGUGGAGGCCCGACUUCGCCUACAGCGACAGCCGCGUGGGCUUCGUGCGCGGCUACAGCCGCCGGUUCUGGCAGGGAGACACCUUCCAUCGGGGCAGCGACAAGAUGCCUGGCCGAGUGGUGACCCUUCUCGAAGACCAUGAGGGCUGCACUUGGGGCGUGGCAUACCAGGUGCGAGAUGAGCAGGUGAGCGAGGCUCUGAAGUACCUGAACGUGCGGGAAGCAGAGCUCGGUGGCUAUGAUACCAAGGAGGUCACCUUCUACCCCCAAGAUACCCCUGACCAACCACUCAAGGCAUUGGCCUAUGUGGCCACCCCACAGAACCCUGGUUACUUGGGCCCUGCCCCGGAGGAGGCCAUUGCCACACAGAUCCUGGCCUGCCACGGCUUCUCCGGCCACAACCUUGAGUACUUGCUGCGCCUGGCAGACUUCAUGCAGCUCUGUGGGCCCCAGGCCCAGGACGAGCACCUGGCAGCCAUCGUGGACGCUGUGGGCGCCAUGCUGCCCUGCUUCUGCCCCACCAAGCAGGCGCUGGCACUGGUCUGAGGGGCUGAGCCCCUGCAGGGAGUGCCCACAUGGACAUGGGGGCCAGGUCCCCACGCCUGUGCACACAGACAGACUUGAUACAGCUGGAGCCCACCAAGAGGGCAGCCAGGGCUCCUCUCCCUAAGCCCCUGCCUGUCCAUCCGUCUCCAGCUCUCUCCUGCCUGCCAUUGACUCACUACUUGAAACUAUUUAUUGCACCAUGUUGGUGUGAUGGGCAGGGUGGGGGGCCUGCCCUGGACACAUGGGCCCUGCUGAGCGGUGCCCACCCCAGAUACCUGACCAGAUUCCCCUCAGUGCUGCUGCUAACCCCACACCAUCCAGGCCUCCCCCUCUAACUCCCUAAUCCCAAACCAUCCCCUAGCCCCAGAAAUGCCACCUGCUCGUAAGGGACAGGAGGGAGUGAGGGGAGGGGCCCUAAAGGGACUGAGCCCCCUUUCAGCCCUGUUCAUCGCCCAGGUCCCCAGGGCAAAGCUAGAUCUGGAGCCCAUAGCUGCUGAGGCUGGGCCUGGACCUCUCACCCACUUGUCUUUGUUCUCCUGUCCUGUAUGUCUGUCUGUGCAGUUCUAUCUGUCUGUCUGUUUAUUCCUGGGAAAUGGAUCACUAGGCUCUGGUGCCAUCCCAUCUGUCCCAUACUAUUACCCAUAAACUGAUGUCCUAUCACCUGUGCUGGCUGGAAUGUGGUUCUUCAGAUGGGGGUUGGGGUGAGUGAGGUGGUGAAGCCCUGGAUGCCUUAUGAAGAAGGGAAAGGGCUCCCCCUUUGUCUCCAUCUCCUCCCAGGGAGCAGGCAGCUCAGCAGGCAGGGCUGUCAGGUUACACACUCCCGCGGGCACCAUGCAGGUCUCAGUGCACACCAACAGCACCACCGAGUCCUGCAGAAUUCCGCCUGUGCGGCUGGACUUGGCAGCUCCGUGAGCAGUGGUCUUGCCACUGACCUGGUACCCUAUGUCUCCUGCCCCAAGAGGCUCUGGUAGACCAGGUCUUUCUCUUCCUAAUAGUGAGGCUGAUCUCUGGCUUCCUGCUACCGGAGCAUGUGGGUUAGGGUAGGGUCCUGCCAACUUCUGGGCUAAUGCUGACAGUGAAGACCCGUGGCCCUUGGACUUCUGAGGUCCAGGUGCUCACUGUUGCCUCCUCUGGGGUAUGGGUUGUACCUUCUCUCUUACCCUGACCCACCAGGACUCUCCCACAAUGGAAUGAGUUGCUGGGGUACCCUCGGGGCUACUGCUUAUUCACCCAUGCCUGCCCCCGGCUGCUACUCCACCCUGACUGCCGAACGCAAACGCUGGUCCCAACCUCUCAGCCUGAUCCUGGGCUCCUCAACUGGGCAUGGCCCCUCGGUGGGCUCAGCCUCUGCUCCUGGACCUGCAGAAUGGGUGCAGGGCCCAGGGGACGGCUUUAACAUCAGAAGAGCUUGGCUCCAAAACAAAAGAGAGCCUGGCUCCGACCCAGCCCCUUCCCUCACUGGCCCAGGGACCGCCAGGAAGGUAGUCCGCCUCCUGAGCACUGGUUCACGCUGGGAUGCUGAGCGUAUGUGCUGCUGCUGCCCCUGUGGCUGGUCUGGACUCUGGGUGUCCCCAGCAGGGUCCGCUCCAACCACGUUGAGUAGUGUUGGGCCUGGGGAGUGUGCCCAUGUGUUGGCAGCCUCAUGUCUUGGCCACUGAUGGGGAAAGUGUGGAGUCCAGUCCGACUCUCCUGGGAGCUCAGGGCUUCACAGCAGGAGGAGGCAGGGGGUGGCAGGGAGCCCUGGGUGUCUGCCUCCUGUGCCCUGGUGCGACCGGGCGGCCAGUCUGGGUACUCAGAGCAGAGCCUUACUCUAUGCCAAAUGGGGGUGGGGAGGACUGCGUGGCAGCUGCACAUGGGUUCGGAUUCUUCAACCUGUGCAUUUAGCAAGUAUUUACUAAGCUGCUACAGGACAGGCACUGAUCUAGUGAGGGGGUGGGGCGGGGGGAACAACAGUGAAGAAAUCCUCCUCCUCAAGGAACUCCGAGCCUGGAAACUGAAUGGUGACGGUUCAGCAUGAAAUGGGCUGUGAUGGGAGGAGACUAGGUGCUCAGCUUAGAAAGGCUCCUGCCCGGAGGGGUGGUCGGGAAGACGUCCUGGGGAGGGAACGAUGGGUCCGAGCCCUGAGCCUGAGAAGGGUCUUCCGUGAGCAGAGGCAGGGAACAGCCCGUGCCAGAGAGGGAAGCACGGUCCGACCAGCUGGGACAGUGGUGUGGCCAAGGGGACAGGGGGCUGGGCAGGGGGCAGGACUGCAUCCGCAUCCUGCUGGCCAGGCUGGUGAGCUGUGCUGUGUCACCUUAAGAGGACCCGGCCCCGAGCAGGUCUGCCUCGGGCCGCCCAGUGUGUGUGGGUUCUUGACUUGGUGCAGGAGACAUUUCACACGUGUCCAGGUGACUUUUAUUAAAACUGAGGACAGUGAUACAAGGAAGGGCCUAGGCCAGUGGUCGGCAAACCGCGGCU